AUUUUCCUUUACCAUUUAUCAAUUGUAUUAUUAUUAUAAUAUGUCACUGGAUUUGGUGUUUUGUUAUUCAUUCAUUCUUUAAUUUUUCGAAUAAUAAUCUUCUAUUUAUUCGCCUGUGGUCAUUUUGCAUCUCCCCCUUUUGCACAAUAUGAAGAUCCGGAUGGAUGAGAUCCACAGCCAAGUUUAAAAAACUGAAAAGGUGUAAUGAUGUUGCUGCAAUAGAUAUCAACAUGGGAUGCCCCAGGGCAUUUUCUUUGAGUGGUGGGAUGGGUGCUGCUUGUUGUCCAAACCCGAGCUUAUCAGUGACGCAAGUCUAAUAGUUUAUCGUUGCUUUGGUUGUGGUAAGAUACUGGAUUUGGGCCUAAGCCCAACAUCUGUGCUGAACAUGAAGUUAGAGUGGAAUGCUGAUAUGGGUAGUUUGUUUGUUAAUAAGGAAAUUAUAGGGAGAGUAGGGGGGAGAGAAGGAAGUAAUACAUUCACUUUCGUACUAUUUUGUUCUUGGGUUCCUAUUAAUUUUGCAACAUGUUUGAAUACUUCCUCUUUAAAACAUGAUACAGUGGAGCUUGCCAGGCGAAUUGAGAAAACUGGUGUUGAUGCUAUUGCAGUUCAUGGAAGAUAUGUCUUAGAUAGGCCCAGAGAUCCGGCAAAGUGGAGUGGAAUUGCCGAUGUUGUGUCAGCACUAUCUAUUCCAGUUAUAGCAAAUGGUGAUGUCUUUGAGUAUGACGAUUUCCAACGCAUUAAAUCUGCUACAGGUAUCUGA